CUGACCUAGAAUUUAAGGGUUCAAACUGAAGUUAGUGUAGAAUUCUUUAUUGUUUUUGUCCUCUGACACACAAAAGAACGCUAAAUAUCUUUAAACAUGAAUGUGUAGACGCAACCCCACACACACACACACACACACACACACACACACACACAAACACAAACACACACAAACUCAUCCAAACAUUUAUAAACACAAAUUUGGCUCUGUAUAUAAACACCAUACCCCAACUUUAUUACUCUAAAUCUACUUGAAUCCUUUUUAGCGUGGCAGCAAUAAAGUCAAACUGGGCAAAGGGCCUCUGUAAUCAACUACAUGAACAAAGAAAACCACUUAAAAAGCCUUUAACUACAACCACAGAUACACUGCUGUAAGUGCAUGCGUGUGAGUAGCCUUGGAGGAUCAUUAUUACAUCUGUUUAGUGUGAAAGAACAAUCAUUCAAGCAAACAAGCAUUGAUAGAGUCACAUAUAGUGAAACGUACAUGGGCUUGUCCUUUAAGGUGAUAACAGUGCUAUACCCACAAAUACAUUCAAUCAUUUCACCUCAAACUACCCUCUAACACUCUUAACAGAGUACAGAAUGUCACACAUGCACUAUCCUUCAUCCCCCCACACACAGAAUGACACACUUUGAAAGUGAGCUCGUAGUCAAUGUGGCAUCUGUAUUCAGCUGAAGAAGCAUGUUUUGCACUGGUUAUCACUGCCAGACAUGACUGUCCUCUGAGCCAGGUAUUAAAAACAAGAAAAUGACAAACACUAUGACAGGGCUAUUAACAGUUCAUCUUGAGAGGUGUAUUUCAUGUGCUGUGUUCUCAGUAAUCUACACUUUUGCUAUGCUUGAACACACUUUUUAUCUCAUGUUAACACGUAUUUGAAUGGCUGACAUUUGAGGGAGCUUUUGUGUCUUCAUUUCAAGUGUUUAUAUGUGUGUCUGUAUAUUUCUGACUGUGUAUCUGUGUGCGUGUGUGUGUGUCUGAAAGAUACCAUAAAGGGUCGUAGGAGGUGUUGUAGCUGUGAUGUGGUGUGUGUGUGACUCAUUGUUAGAGUGUGAAAAUAGCGGCGUCAGAUAAUUCCGCAUAUGUUUUUAAUGUUUUACAUUUUAGGGACGGUAGAGAUGGAGUCGUUCGCUGUUUAGUAAAAGGUCUGUAAUAAACUUUUAACUGUCGUGGAAUCGUAUGUGAAUGUUCCUCACCUCUGCUACAGUAGUUGAUACAGAGUGCUCUCUAGACUCAGAGGGAGAGGAUGAUGGGUGUGUAUGGGGGAUGGACAUGCAGGAUGAAAGGAACGGGCAACAUAAGAUGAGUGUUGUGCCCAGCAAGGGCACAAAGCCCAGCAGCCCGGCUCACUUCACCCGUGCCCACAGCCUGAGCCCCCCUGACGAGCACUGGGACGAGACAGAGACCACUGUCCUGCCAACCACACCCGGGGAGACAGACAACACUGCACACAGCAUGUACACACAGAAAGAUGCCCAUGUGCUGGAGGACUGGGCUCGUUAUGACUUCCUCAUGCAGCUGAGAAAAGAGACCCACCUUCCUCAUUCACGACACAACCAACAGAUCAACGGCUCCAUCACCUCCUACAACACUGGUGCUAUGCAAGAAGAAACAUCAUCCACCCUGUCGUCAGGCGUUGAAGAGUCACCUGAGAGAAAAGGGUCAGCAGAUGCAGACCCCCUGAGCCCUGAUCCCACACGGGCAGCAGUACAGGUGUGCCCAUUUUGCCAAAGGUCAUAUCGGUGUGAGACAUCUCUUAGAGAACAUAUGAAGUUGUGCCAGGAGAGGGAAGGAGGACAUGGCGUGUGCCGACUCUAUGGGUACAGCACUUCCUACAGGGCACAGAUGGAGCGGCACCUGUCAAUGCGUGUGCAGACUGAGGACAAGAAUCCAGCCUCUGGUCCCACCAUGGAAAACAGGAAGUUUAAAUGUACACAAUGUGGGAAAGCCUUUAAAUACAAGCAUCAUCUCAAAGAGCACCUACGCAUACAUAGUGGUGAGAAGCCCUAUGAGUGCUCCAACUGUAAGAAGCGUUUCAGUCACUCAGGCUCCUACAGUUCACAUCUUAGCAGUAAGAAGUGCCUUAGCGGGGGUGGGUCAGGGAAUGGAGCAUAUUUUAAUGGUCACUCCCAUCCCGCCUACCUAUUCCCCUCCCCUACGUCGCCCCCUGGAGUUGGAAGCAGGAACGCAAGCAGAGGAAAAAGCUCUCCUUACGGCCCAAUAAGCCAGUGCUUCACCGAGCAGCUGCCAACUCAGGGACAGGAACCCAUUACCUCUACGCUACGAGCUUCACAAGGGUGGUCAGGAGUGUUUAAAGGGACCACUUUUUUGCCCUUGCUGCACUCCGGCGGGAAGUUUGAACACCUUCUGCACGAAAUGCUGAGAAAGGAGGUAGGAAAAGAGGAUCAGCGAGGGAAGGAAGAAGGAGAGGAGGAAGAAGAAAGAGAGAGGAGAAGUGAGAUAUCUGUUGGUGCCGUGUCAUGCCAGUGGUGCCUGCAGAUUUUCCCAAAUGAGGUAGUUCUAAAGCAGCACGAAAGAUAUCUGUGCAGGAACAAUGAUGGACACAAUGCUGAACAGUCACAUUCCCGCAAAGAAGGAUCACCACUCAACUUCUCUCGCUCCUCACAGGUCCCUCAUGAUAUCCAGAAAAUACCACCCACCCCAAAUGGACUGCCUAGAGAUCUCUCUUCCCCUCACAGGGCAUCCUGGCACUCUGUCCCACAGCAAAUCCUCGUGCCAUUACAGUCACCUGUGCACCUCCGGCUGGAUCCCGGACACCACUAUUGGCCAAACAAAGAAACCAGCAGUCCCAGAAACUCUACUCUUAUGAGUCCCACCUCUCCUUCACUACAUGAACGCCGGCCCCCACUCUCUUCAGGUUUCAGCUCCCCACCCUGCCUCGAUCUGUCGGUCACCGCGUCACCAUGCCGAACCAAUCAACACAGGCCGCCCCCCAGAUCAGAGGGUUGCCAGAGUGAGCCCUUAGACCUCUCCAUUCCCAAAACUCGCACAUGCUCCAGGGAGGCCAAAGAAGGAGCUUGCAAUGGCAAUUCUCCCCAGACAGAGCAGAGGGAUGUGGAGAGCGUGUUUAGGAGGUUAACUCCACCUUCUCAGCACCAAGUGGGUGGGGCCUAUACACCAUUACUCAGUAGAACAGUUUUCAGCAGCUAUAACCUUUUCAAUCCUGCUAUCCCAAGUUGCCUCGCAGGGAUGGGGCAUAAUGGUCUAACGUCGAUUCCUCUUACACCACCAGCCCCCAGCCCUGGAUUUCUCUCGCCUAUGACAUAUAUGUUGGAGGCAGAGUCAGAGGCAAUGAGGAAAAGAAUACAGCAGGAAACAAACACCAUGGGUGAACCCUUAAAUCGUGCAUGUCUGGACUACUUCUCUCUGAUGGAGGAGGGGUUAGAUGGUGAUAAUGUGCCAGGGAGAAAGAGACUGAGGAAGACAGAGGAAGGACUUUAUGCUUGUGACAUCUGUGACAAAAGUUUCCAGAAGAGCAGCUCUCUGCUGCGCCACAAAUAUGAACAUACAGGGAAGCGUCCCCAUGAGUGUCAGAUCUGCAAAAAAGCAUUUAAACACAAGCACCACUUGAUCGAACACAACCGGCUGCACUCUGGAGAAAAGCCCUACCAAUGUGAUAAGUGUGGGAAACGUUUCUCUCACUCAGGCUCCUACUCACAGCACAUGAACCACCGCUAUGCUUUCUGCAGUCGAGACCAUGACACAGACGGCCCUGGAGAGGAGCUUGUGAUGGGGGAUGCCCACUACUCAAGCCCAGGCAGGGUGCUUAAUCCUGAAGCAGAAGAAGCUCCUCUCAGCUUGGAGGAAACAGCCACAAUCCUCAGCGAUUCCAGUCUUGACGGAGCUCCAUUAGGCCUAAGAGUGAAGGAUGAGGAUGAAGAGGAGAGCUUACUCAGUAACCAUGCUCAUGAGAGAAGAGUGGAGAGAAGAACAGGGACAGAGGAGACGAGUGGAAGCCUGGAACAGACAAGUGAAGAAAGUGAGGAGAAGAAGGAAGAGGGAAGUUCAGGGGAUGAAGGACAGGACACAAAAAAGACUCAUCACUGCAAUAAAAUUAAAGUAGAACAGAAUGGAGAUGAACAUAGAGACAGGCAAGAGAUGGAUCUAGCGACAGUAUGAGACUGCUGGAUGUGGAAAAUAACAUUUCAGCUUUAGGCUGAUUUACCAAAGAUGUGAACAUGCACAUAUGGAUUGCACUGCACAGUAGAAGGAAGAAUUCAGUACCUUCUCCCAUGAGUGCUAAGAAGCCCAUCUCAUGUUGGAGAGUAUAGCGGACACAGUGAAGACAGUGAAUAAAACCAAACAAGUGCCUUUAGAUCUAUGCCAAUGUAAAAUGUUAUUCACAACAAUGCAAAACAUCCAUGCCAUUACAAUGAAUACAGACACACGCACACACAAGGGCUGCACUGUAUAUUUGCUGAUUUUUACAUACUGUAUCCACAAAGCACUGUUGACCCCUACAGAUCACUCAAAGAUGCAAAACUGUGAACCAGUCAGUUUUAGAUUACAUUAGUAACGGGUUACGCAACUAAUAUUUAAAAAUAUAUUCUAUGAUCUUCUACCAAAUUACAGGUACAGAUACGAAAAAACAAAAUCAUGUUUUUUUUUCUUUUUUAUGUAUGGAAAAGCCCAGCCAAGUAAAAACUCUAAAUAUAAGAACUGUUUCUAUUUUUUCUUUUCUUUUUUCCCUGCAAGCCAUUCACCACUGAUGGUGAAUGAUGACCAGAUGAUGAGCUUCCAUUUCAUGAGCUUUAUGCAUUAAAAAUACAAGAGAAUCUACAAUAAUUUGCACUCUGAGCUUGCAGUAAUGUUGGCAAAAUCAAAUAAUGCUAUAUUAUUGAGAAGUAUUAGUACAUAUGGAGACAACUAAAAUGGAAGACAGAGAUAAAGAAGCAAUCAAAGAAGGAAAAGAAAUAAAAGAUCCUAACAAUGUAUUUUCAAAACCUGCUACACAUGAGAAUCAUGCACAAUGUUACAUACUGCACUGAGCAAGACACAGAAACACUCUGAGACAGAUUACCCUACAUUACAGCUUACUACGGUGCGCUGCUUAACCAUGCAACAGUUGAGCUAACAGCAUUGCAUCUGUAGCAUUCAAAUGGGAAAUGGUGCUUUUAUUCAGGUUUGGCUUUAGUUUCAUAAUCUUUUAUACAUGUUUAUAUAAACUCAAUGUUUACCUGUUAACAUGAAAAUGUUACCAAAUGCAUAUCCUUUUAAGCUAUUUGAAUAUUGUGUCUAAUUUGCAUCAGUGUUACUUUUAUACAGAAUCAGUUAAGCUUUUUGUACCUUUCUACAGGCCUGAUUGUUUGUGCAUACACUUAGUUUGUAGUCUAAUAAAGCUGUACAUACCAAA